CUUACUGUACCGAAAGAGGACGAAACUUGUAAAAUAAAUUAGAAAUUAAGCUCUUAGGAUAUUGCAGGUAAAGAAAUUUCAGAUAUUGGUGAUUCUGGAUUAAUAUUUUACGUCUCAUCGUUUCAACAUGCGUUUACUGAAUUAUGUUAGUGCCAGUUGAUAUCCACUGGUUCUUGAAGAAAAAUAGCUCUCAAACGGUCUUGAAAACAUGAGAUUCUGCUAAAAGGGACUUGAAAGAGUGUAAAGGACUUGGAGAAGAUAGGUUCUGCUCAAAAGAACUUGAAAAAGUGAGAUUCUGCUUCAAGGGAUUUGAAAAAGCAAGGACUUGAAAAAUUGAGAGGGCCUUGAAGAAGAUACAUUCUGUUCAAAGGAUCAUUCUGCUUAAAGGGACUUGAAAAUACUCAAAGGGACUUGAAGAAAGUAGAUUCUGUUAAAAGUAGCACGCAGAGGAACUUAAAAGGACAAUUUUAUGUUGUAUUAUGCAAAAAGAGACCACAAUGUUGACAUCAGUGACAUAUGACGUGUUAUUCAAUGUUCGUGCAGAUACAUGUGCCGGAGAGGUGGUAUGCGUGACCGGCGACUGUGAUGAACUUGGCAAUUGGGAUCCAGACCAGGCUGUCAAACUCAGAAGACAAGCAGAUAAGAAUGUCUGGUCAAAGCAGAUGACGUUUACAUGUCAAAGAGAAUCAAUGAAGUACAGAUAUUUUAUAGCUCAACUUUUCCAGUCCGAGGAUCACGAAGAAAAAUCAACUAUUGUAACACUAUGGGAAACAAACAUAAGCCCUAGAGUGAUUUCUCUACAUAAUUUUGGAAAAGAGGGAAGUACAAAUAAUGUGGCCACAUUUGGGGAGUAUGGUAAUUUACAUCAUGUGACCAGAGGCUGGUUGAUAGACCAAUCACAGAUCAAUAUCCGGUUCCAUGGAAACCCUAUAAAGAUGUGGAACACCAAAUACAGGAAUCAAACAUACAGUAUAAAAUGUACACCCAUAGACCAUCGCUAUAGAGACGAGCACAGUGACGAGGAAGGAGAACAUUUACCACAUGCUGCUAAUACAUCAGUGAGGGUAUCAGUGUUAGAAAAAGGUCGCUCAGUCCCCCAGGUGCAGUCAGAGUAUGGGGCCAUAUACACACCAGACUGCUAUAUGAGCUUCAUGGUACAGACUUUGGAACUAGAGACAACAGGCUUUCAGCUGGAUUUUUAUGUCCAUGAACGUGCUGGAGAAGAUGAUGCCAAGGACAGCUUGCCUCGUCAUGUCGGAUAUGCCUUCAUACUGCCUUUGGAUAUAUAUCGCAGUGUUGACACCAAAACAGUGCCUAUCACCAGCCUUCAUCACAAACCGCUUGGACAGAUAAAGUUUGAAUACUUGGUCGUGAAGGCGAUGAUUGGACGCAAGUUUGGUAUGGAAGUAUCGUAUCAGAAAUACUGGAAGCAUUCGCGGGAGCCGCUAGAUAUCGGUCAUAGAGGGAUGGGAAUUAGUUAUGCUGGCAGUAACAUGUUGGCCACUGUCCCAGAAAACACCGUAAAGUCCCUCAUGGAUGCUGCCAAUAAUGGAGCAGAUUUUGUAGAAUUUGAUGUACAUCUCACUAAGGACAAAGAAGUAAUUGUAUACCAUGAUUUCAAAGUGAAUAUCACAUAUAAAAAGAAGCAGAAUGGUGGUAUAGAGCUGCUGCAGGUUCCGGUGAAAGAUCUUAAACUGGCUGAAUUACAGCAUAUGAAGGUAUGUUUACAUGUUUAUUAUGUAAGGGUAUCUUUUCAGCAAAAUGGAAAUUCUUUGCACAAGCCAAGACCAGAAAACAUUGAAGAGAUAAAUUCAGAUGAAGACACACAUGAGGACUUGGAGACAUUCCCUACUCUAGAAAGAUGUCUUAAUUCUGUAGAUAAGCAUACAGGCUUCAAUAUAGAACUUAAGUUCCCACAGGAACUCAAGACUGGUACACAUGAGCAAGAGGGUUAUCAUGAUAUGAACGUAUUUCUGGACACUGUGUUAAGAGUUGUCUUCGAACAUCAUGGUGGAAGACGGAUUGUUUUCUCAUCAUUUGACAGUGAUACUUGUAUAGCGUUACGUCUUAAACAGAACAGAUAUCCAGUUUUGUUUCUGACUCAAGCAGACACAACAAUCUAUGAACCUUAUGGAGAUAUAAGAACAACAUCGGUUCCCAUGGCAGCAGAAUUCUGUAUUGCUCAUGAUUUGUUGGGAGUUAACCCCAUGUCAGACAUUCUUCUGAAUGAUUUAUCAUUGAUAGACUAUGUAAAGGAUAGCGGCCUUGUUCUGUUUACGUGGGGAGAAGGCAACAACAACUCCGAUGUUAUAAAUAAACUCAAAAAACAUAGGGUGGAUGCAAUCAUUUAUGACAGGAUUGAUCAUUUCAAGACAGACAAGGAGAGUAUAUUCAAGUUGGAGCACAAAAAGAAGUUGGAAAUGUUACAUGGGCAGUUCCUUUCAAUUAUUGAUGUAAACAGCUCUGGAACUGCUGUUUCCUCUUAGCAUCGCUGCUAAACAUUUAUGUAAACAACUCUGGAAGUGGUAAUCUCUUUGUAUCGCUGCUAAACAUUUAUUUAAACAACUCUGGAAGUGGUAAUCUGUUUGUAUCGCUGCUAAACAUUCAUGUAAACAACUCUGGAAGUGGUAAUCUCUUUGUAUCGCUGCUAAACAUUUAUUUAUUUCAUUGUUGCUAAUCAUUGAUGUGAACAGUUCUGGAAUUAAUAAUUGCUUAGCAACUUUUCUAAACAUUAAUGGAAACAGCCUUGAAAGUAAUAUUUCAUCUUAGCAUGACGACUUUAUCAAUAUGAGAUAUUCCUGCCUACCUCCAAAUGAAGGAAGGGGCCUCCAUGGCAGAGUGGUUGAGGUCGCUGACUUCAAAUUACUUGCCCCUAAUCUAUGUGGGUCCGAGCCUCACUCGGGGCAUUGAAUUCUUCAUGUGAGGAAACUGUCCAGCUGGCUUACGGAAGGUCAGUGGUUCUACCCAGGUGCUCGCUCAUGAUGAAAUAAUGCACGGAGGGGCACCUGGGGUCUUCCUCCACCGUCAAAGCUGGAAAGUUGCCAUAUGACCUAUAAUAGUGUCAGUGUGACGUUAAACCCAACAAAAUCAAAUCAAAAUGAAGGUUGACCACUUUGCAGAAUCUCUAUACUAUUAGGCUUGUAUUUUGUCAUUGCAUUGUACUUUGUUCAUUUUUGCUCAAUGUCUUUAUAAGCAAAUUCUAUAUCUUAUAGAUAUUUUGACAGAAUUUCUAAUCCAACCUUAGCAUUUGUGCCUUGUCAUUUUAAAAGGGACAGUCUGGCAGACUUAUUCAGGCAGACUUAUACAGAAUUUAUGAUUCAGUAUGGUUCUAAUUAUAGUAAUUUCUGUGAAUGUACAAAAUAUAUUCAUCCUUAUAUAUGUAGUUGGGUUUAAUUUUAAAUUAAAAGAAAAGACAGUAACUGUUAAGCCCAAAACCUAAUUGUAUGGUCAUUAGUUGAUUAUGGAAAAAACUGAUCAUGGUCAUGUGAUCUUUACACUUGUCUCAUUUAUGAUGGUAUGCAAGUGCUGCUCAACUAGGUACAUGUAUAUAUUUUUAGCUCACAUGUCACUUUGUGACAAAGUGAGCUUUUGUGAUCGCGCAGCGUCCGUCGUCCGUCCGUGUGUGCAUAAUCUUUUGCUUGUGACCACUCUAGAGGUCACAUUUUUCAUGGGAUCUUUAUUAAAGUUGGUCUGAAUGUUCAUCUUGAUGAUAUCUAGGUCAAGUUCGAAACUGGGUCACGUGCGGUCCAAAACUAGGUCAGUAGGUCUAAAAAUAGAAAAACCUUGUGACCUCUGUAGAGGCCAUACUUUUCAAUAGAUCUUCAUGAAAGUUGGUCAGAAUGUUCACCUUGAUGAUAUCUAGGUCAAGUUUGAAACUGGGUCAUGUGCCGUCAAAAACUAGGUCAGUAGGUCAAAUAAUAAAAAAACCUUGUGACCUCUCUAGAGGCCAUAUUUUUCAUGGGAUCUGUAUGAAAGUUGGUCUGAAUGUUCAUCUUGAUGAUAUGUAGGUCAAGUUCGAAACUGAGUCACGUGCGGUCCAAAACUAGGUCAGUAAGUCUAAAAAUAGAAAAACCUUGUGACCUCUCUAGAGGCCAUACUUUUCAAUGGAUUUUCAUGAAAAUUGGUCAGAAUGUUCACCUUGAUGAUAUCUAGAUCAAAUUUAAAACUGGGUCACAUGCCAUCAAUAACUAGGUCAGUAGGUCAAAUAAUAGAAAAACCUUGUGACCUCUCUAGAGGCCAUAUUUUUCAUGGGAUCUGUAUGAAAGUUUGUCUGAAUGUUCAUCAUGAUGAUAUCUAGGUCAAGUUCGAAAUUGGGUCAACUGUGGUCAAAAACUAGGUCAGUAGGUCUAAAAAUAGAAAAACCAUGUGACCUCUCUAGAGGCCAUUCUUUUGAAUAGAUCUUCAUGAAAAUUGGUAAGAAUGUUCACCUGGAUGAUAUCUAGGUCAAGUUCGAAACUGGGUCACAUGUUGUCAAUAACUAGGUCAGUAGGUCAAAUAAUAAAAAAACCUUGUCACCUCUCUAGAGGCCAUAUUUUUCAAUGGAUCUUCAUGAAAAUUGGUCAGAAUUUUUGUCUUGAUGAUAUCUUGGUCAGGUUCAAAACUGGGUCACAUGAGCUCAAAAACUAGGUCACUGUAUCAAAUAAUAGAAAAAGCAAUGUCAUACUCAGUUCAAAACUGGGUCAUGUGGGGACAGGUGAGCGAUUCAGGACCAUCAUGGUCCUCUUGUUUAUUGUGACAGAAUUUAGAGUGUUGAAAACAAUACAGUCGUAAGUUCUUUAUUGAAUAUGUCUUACAACAGUGUUGCAUGCAACCCUUGAUUUGCAGUCUAUGAAAUGCUGCAUACCUUGAGAGUUCAACUUUAUUAUUCAAAUAGGAGAAAAAGGAUGAUUUUUUGUUUUAAAAAACUGCUACAUUUUAUGUAAGUCUUAUGUAAUGGUCUUAUGUUUUGUUUCAAUAAAGAAUGACUUCAAUGAGUACUCAAUACAUUUGCCAGAUGUAGAGAGUGACACUUUAUAUUGAUAUCGCGUCAUGAGGAUGUAUCUAUAACACAUCAGUUACUGCAUUCAUAGAAAGAAACUCAACACCAUAUUGCCUUUUGUAUAAUUUUAUAAAAUGGAUCAUCUUCUGCUAUUAAUGUUUGAUACUCUAAAGCAAACAUCUAGCACAUAUAUAGCAAUGUCUGGUAAAAUGUGUAGCUUAUCAUCUGCAAAAUUGUUAGCAACACCUUAAGUGCUUCACUUACAUAAGAAUGGUCAGCCUUAACUGUGUUAAGAAGUCGGUGGUGUAACUUGGACAUUGUUCAUUUAGGAAAUAAUAUAUAGCAGAACCAUGUUUUAACAUAUCGAAACAGUACGAUGAGGCUAUAUGCUUGUGGAAUUAUUUUUAUGAGGGUGUAGCUCAAUUGAAUUAUACAUGCGCCGUUUAACCAAUUUGUUUUGUUGAGAUAUGUUAAAACGUAGUUCUGCUAUAAAUUGUUUCGAUUCUAAUAUGUCUGUUAUGUAAACAGGUUGAUGAAAAGGAGAUGCACUUUUUACCUUGUGCACAUAUGGCACCAAAUAUAUUAGGUAGAUAUGACAUCAGUGUGUAACUCUGUUUUAACAGUGUUAAAAUAUGGGAUUAAUACAUCCCGUGGAAAGUGCAUAGACGUCUGAUUGGUUCUUUUUCGCACCUAUUAACUUACACAGUGUUAGUGAAUUAAGUGUUUCGAUUCUGCAAUGUUUUUUAUAUAACAUGGUAGAUCAAAUAUAGUAGCACUCUUUCUCGAGGUCUGUACUGCACUGAAUGUUACGUGGACGUGAUGUCAAAUUUACGUGUUUUAACGGAAACGUGCAUGGAUUUUUCAUAUAAGAAUACCUGUUUUUGUAGCUGUUCUUUACUGUCUACUAAGAGCUUUCAGUAAAUAACAGCUAUCUGGUUUUAAAUGACUUGUAUAAAGUACCAUUAAAUUAUACUGUUUUGUUAAUGAUAUGUUAAGAAUUGCUUCUUUGUACUUGUUUUAUGCCCAUAUCUUAUCACCUUAUUCAAUGCACAUGUUUUGUCACCUUAUUUUAUGCCCAUGAUUUAUCACCUUGUUUAAUACCUAUGUUUUGUCACAGUAUUAGUCAUAUGUACACUAGUUUUACAUGUAUACUAAGACUUGAUUUUGAUCAGUUUUCUAGAUAUUAAUAGGGCACAUUAAAAAAAUUAUUUUGUUAUUAUGCCCUCUACACCCCCCCCCCCCCCAACACCUCUCAUUCAAAGAUGAGAAGAUAUAUUGUUUUGCUCCUGUCAGUUGGUCAGUUUGUUGGCCAGUAGACACUUGGGUUUCAGGGAACACUUUAGCCAACAUUGGUCAGACUUGAUAGGAUGAAUGCCUUAUGUUCAAUAGAUGACUUCUGUUGUUUUGAAGGUCUGUAGGUCAAAGGUUAAGAUUAUGUUGACCUCGAGACUAAAAACAGUUUCUGAUCAAUUACUGAAAAAUUAGUAGGACUGAAAAAUUAUUAGGUCUACAAAGGUCAAUUUUACAAGAGUCCGGAGACUUGAAAUUGUUCCUUAUUAACUGCUGGUCUAUCCUUAAUAGAAGUCCCUGUUUUUGAGGUCAAAGGUCAAGGUGGAACUAUACUUGAGACUGACAAUGACAAACCCAGUUACCACCAACAGGCUGAUAUUGUGGCAUAUAUUCUUUCCUAGCAGCUCUUGUUGGAGAUGUUUCAGCUAUUUAUUGCUUUUAGCUCACCUGUCACGAAGUGACAAGGUGAGCUAUUGUGACCGCUUGAUGUCCGUCGUCCGUCAUGUAAUGUCCAUCGUCCGUCAACAAUUUCUAAAAAUUUCGUCUUGAAAACCACUGGGCAGAAUUACACCAAACUUCACAGGAAUGAUCCUUGGGUGGCCCACAUUUAAAAUUGUUCAAAGAAUUGAAUUCCAUGUAGAACUCUGGUUGCCAUGGCAACCGAAAGGAAAAACUUUAAAAAUCUUCUUGUCCAAAACCACAGGGCCUAGGGCUUUAAUAUCUGGUGUGUAGCUUCAUCUAGUUGUCCUCUACCAAAAUUGUUCAAAUUAUCCCCCUAGGUCAAAUAUGGCCCCGCUCCGGGGGUCACAAGAUUUAUAUAGACUUGUAUAGGGAAAACUUUGAAAAUCUUCUUGUACAAAACCACAUGGCCUAGGGCUUUGAUAUUUGGUAUGUAGCAUCAUCUAGUGGUCCUCUACCAAGAUUAUUAAAAUUAUCCCCCUAGGGUCAAAUAUGGCCCCACCCCAGGGGUCAUAUGGUUUAUAUAGACUUGUAUAAAGAAAACUUUGAAAAUCUUCUUGUACAAAACCACAUGGCCUAGGGCUUUGAUAUUUGGUAUGUAGCAUCAUCUAGUGGUCCUCUACCAAAAUUGUUCAAAUUUUCCCCCUAGGGUCAAAUAUGGCCCCACCCUGGGGGUCCCAAGUUUUACAUAGACUUAUAUAGGGAAAAAAAGUUUAAAAAUCUUCUUGUCUGAAACCACAACACUUAGACCUUGGAUAUUUGGUUUGUAGCCUUGUCUUAUGGUCCUCAACCAAAAUUGUUCAAAUUGUACCCCUUGGGUGAAAAGAGGCCCUGCCCUGGGGGGUCCCAAGUUUUAUAUAGACUUAUAUAGGAAAAAGCUUUAAAAAUCUUCUUGUCUGAAACCAUACAACCUAGGCUUUUGAUAUUUGGUAUGAUGCAUUGUCUAGUAGUCCUCUACCAAAAAUGUUCAAAUUAUGCCCCUGGGGUUAAAAGAUGCCCCACCCUGGGGUCACUUGGUUAUUAUGUGAGUUAUAUAGGAAAAUACUUAAAAAAUCAUCUGAUCAUAUUUCCAAGACUGUUUAAUUAUAAUUACCUGAUGACCCCAAGUAAUAUGAUGUCACUUGACUGUGACCUUGACCUACUGACCUACUUUCUUGUCUUUUAAGAUACAACCUUGAAAUUUUGAUGACAUACACAGUUCUGCACACAAAUCGUAAAACUGAAUUUCAUUGACCAUGAAUGUGACCUACUGACUUUCUUAAUAUUUUAUCAUCAGUUUGACAUUUGAAACAUGUAGCUCAUAUUACUCAGGUGAGCGAUCCAGGGUCAUCAUGACCCUCUUGUUUAAUAUAUUUUUUAUAUUAUAUAAAUAUAUAAAAUAUAAUUUUCAGUAUAAUGAUGUUUCCAUUAAGGAAAUUAAUUACAGCUACAUCGUCAUAUUUUUGUCAGCCAUUUUAGUUUUGGCAGCCAUUUUAAUAGCACAGUAAUAUUCAGUAUAUGUCAGUUUGAAAGGAUUAACUAUGCAACCCAUACAUAUUAUUAUACUAUGUAAAAAUGUUGCAUUCUUGUGUGGUUUUUUUUUAUAGAAAUAUUUCAAAUGACUACCCAUUAUGGGAACUAAUACUUGGAUAUUUUGCGGCCAUCUCGAAUAUUACAGCAACUUCCUUUUGUUUUCUUAUUCAGAUAAAACCUAAUAACAUGUGAACAGAGUUUGGUGCUUUUCUCAUGUAUAGAACUAUUUUAUGAAAUUGAGUCACUUUAUGGCUGCAGUGCUAUUAAGGUUGUUCUACACGUUUGGAUCGAAAUUUUUUCUACAAUGUAGAAUUUGAUUAAACUCUGAUUUUUCAAAACUUCAGAACAUACCUAGAAUAUUCAGCAAAUAAAAAAGAUAGGGUCGUGUGCUUGAUUAUUUGCCAGACUGAUUUGAAAAAAUUAGACCUCACGCAAUUUUUCAUAAUGGAGGUCUAUGGGAAGAUCAUAACUUUCAUAACAUUUUCACAUAUAGAAAUUUUUCUAUAAUGUAGAAUUUAAAGAAACUUUCCACAGUUGUAAAUAAACAUAUGGACUAUAAUGUGGUGAAAUAUAAUGUAUAUGUCCGUGUGCUUAUUUUUGAGAUAUUUUACGAUGAUUUAAGUGUAACGCACUUUUCAUUCUAAUACAAGGACAUUAUUUUGAAGUUUCAACAUGUCAGAUGUUUUAAUAUCAUAUUUAACUGUAGAAAGAUAGUUACAGUGCCAUUGUAAUAAAUCUACUCAUAGGUUGUUAUUAAUUCAUAAAUCCACACUUUAUUCCACGUUUUCCGGAUAAAUGACAUUACGCUAUCACUUCCUGUUUAUCAAACGUGCAGAACUACCUUAAUACUGAGAUAUUUAUGAUAUUCUUAAAUGCAUGGACAAAAAUAGGGUAUUGUAGUAACUUUAUGUAAUUGUGAUUCUUGGAAUUUGCUGUAUAAUUUAACUAUAGUAAAUUUGUACAAUAAAUCUUAUUUGUUUGCCUCAGAA